AUCAUCUUAAUUGAAUCGCUCUGCCUCAGAAAAUUAAUCUAACGGAGGAGAUGGCGGUGGCAAAGCCAAAGAGCCUUGUCCGGCCGUCAUCGUCAUUCCGGCUCAAGUCACCCAGCCUCAACUGCCUACGCCUGCGUCGCAUCUUCGAUAUGUUCGACCAGAACGGAGACGACAUCAUCUCCAUAGACGAGCUGAGCCAGGCCCUCGACCUCCUCGGCUUGGAAGCCGAUAUCUCGGAGAUUGAAUCCAUGGUGCAGUCCUACAUAAAGCCUGGCAACACCGGCCUAACUUUCGAUGACUUUGAGUCCUUGCACCAAUCUCUCAACGAUACCUUUUUCGGGAACAGCAACAGUAACGACGACGAUUGUCACGAUAAUCACCAUGAUUGUCGACGUGGUGGCGAGGAGGAUGGGGAAGCAGCAGCAGCAGAAUCGUCGUCCCAGGAGGAUGCGGAUCUAACGGAGGCAUUCAAGGUGUUCGACGAAAACGGCGAUGGUUUCAUCUCGGCACAGGAAUUGCAGGUGGUCCUCAGGAAACUAGGGAUGCCCGAGGCCCGAGACAUCGGUCGAGUUGAGCGUAUGAUCUUCUCGGUUGACCGCAAUCAGGAUGGCCAUGUUGACUUCCAUGAAUUCAAGGACAUGAUGCACAGCAUCAUGGUUCGUAGCUCUUGAAAUUGGA